AAACGAUUGUAAAAAACUGUAAAUUUGCGGUAGGAACUAAGACCUGCUGUUCUUAAAUCCAAACGACCCUAUUUAAUGUAACACGUGAAAGAGUAAACAUGGCAGCCUGCACGAGGACUAUAGUAAAAGUUUUAACUGGAUGCCACAUACACUCGUUGACACCUUGUCAUUCGACUUUGGCUAGCGUCUCACAGACUGCGCUUAGACAUCUCCCCGUCAGGACCUUUGCUGCAGUAAAGCCUGCCAAAAAAGAAAAGAAAGAUGAAAAGACAAAGGUGGAGAAGAAGGUGAGGAUCAUUGACAACACAAAUCGGCAUAAACCGUAUGGCUUGAGGGCAUGGGCCCCUGUGGAUGACGUCUACGUAAUAAAGCACUACCCCAGGCCAGUCUAUGACCCCGACACGGCUGUGGACAUGCUAAAGAGCUUCCAACAGAUAGAACACACCGCCCCCGCGCAGUUUGUUUACAUCGAUCUGAAGCUGGACAUGACGCUCGAGAAGAAGAAAAUGGUGGACACGUUUGUGAGCACGGUUCAUUUGCCGCACCCGUUCAAGGCCGAACUGAACAAAGUGGUGCUUUUCACAGAGGAUCCAGAUCAGGCCAAACUAGCCACUGAGAACGGUGCAACGUUUGUGGGAGGGGAGGAGCUCAUUCCAAAGAUCCUGAACGAUGAAAUACAGGCUGAUUUUUACCUGUCGGUGCCAGAAUUCCUCAGUAAACUGCCCCCCUUGAAAAACAAGCUGCGGAAGAAGUUCCCCAAGAGCAAGAGAGGGCUGGUGGGAGUGGACAUCGUGAAGAUGCUUAACCUGUUUAAGACGGGCCACGAGUACGUGGUGGAGAGAGACUGCUACGUGGUGACCAAAAUAGCUACGCUGGACAUGCCGAAGGAGCACAUCCUGUCCAACCUGCGGACCGUCAUCGAGGACGUGUGCACCUACAGGCCGCUCAGCUUCGGACCGUUUGUGGAGAGGGCUAUCAUUUCCAGCUCGACCAGCGAAGCCCUGAAAUUUCACUUCCAGAAGUUUCUUCCCAGUGUCGAGGAGGAGACUGUUUCAAGUCUUGUACAUUGCGUCCCUUUGUAAAAAUUCCCUAUAUUAUAAGUAUUAAAGUCUGUUAUGAAUUU